AUGAAUGCUUUUCUACUGUCAACCAUUUUGUUACUGCCUCUUGCAUUGGUGCGAGAGGUGAGCGGGGGGGACCAAAUACAGGUUCACUCGGUCUUUCCGCCAAUUUUGCAGAACUACUGGGAAAAUGGUAUGCGUUUUUGGUCCUUUGGCCUCAGUACGGUUGUGACGGACAAAUAUAUUCGUCUUACGGGGGGCUCACCCAAUGCUAAGGGAUAUUUAUGGAAUAAACACGCAAACCGAAUGGAGGCCUUUGAACUCAACGUCACUUUGCAGAUACGAGGGCGCCAGAUUACUGGGCGUGAUGAUGUGCGAGAUGGUGGCAUGGGCAUCUGGUACACUACUUCUGCAAUGCCCGCUACUAACACGGAUGUGGGGUUCUUUGGCUUUCACAAACGUUUCUAUGGUGUGGGUGUGAUUCUAGGACAUUCGGAUGAGAUUUCUCUUGUUAGCAAUGACAAUACUUUUGAACUGGAACCAAGUUCUUUAUUGUCGCGUCGUCACGGCUACUGCAGUGUGCCUUCAUUGGGCGAGCUUCACAUCACCAUUACUAUCCUUUAUAAAGAAGGCAAUAUCAGCGUGCUGUACGUGUAUCACGAGGGCGAUGAGCCGCGUUUAGAAGAUUACGACCGGGCUGUUUUCUGCACAACGGCUCCCUCGACCUCCUUUUUGGGCAUACAUCAUUUUGGUGUCACAGCGGUGAACUCCGCAACGUUCCAGGCCACCCAUGAAAUUCAUAGUGUCAUUAUGACCCCCUUGUCGGACAUAACACACCACAAAGAAGAGGAAAACAAGGCUUUUCAAUUCCGUUUGUUUGAAGAAGAAGAAAAUGAAACAAGAAAGGAGCUUUUGGAUGAUCUGAACGAAAAGCAGUAG